AUGAACUCGCAUGGGAGAAUGUACAAGGCAACAAACCAGCACAAGAUCGACGCAAGAAAGCGAAACCACGAAUCUGCGUUUACCCAACCCAGCGCAAAUGGUAACCGAGUGAUGCCUGAAAAUAUGGCGAGACCUGGUGCUAGAACUCCAGCUAAUGGACUGGAGGACAAUCCUCCCGCAGCCUCCAACCUCAGCCGCCACGCGAUCGGAUUACAAACCCUCAGAAUACAUAUAAACGGCGAACACGUCUCAUAG